AUGCCUCCUCGAUCACCCCUCGAACUGCCCGAGAUCGUUGCGCGUGUGCUGCAACAUCUCGACAAUAAGAGCUUGGUUGCCGCCACGCAAGUCAACAGCCUCUGGGCCGAGGAGGCUACAAAUUGGAUCUGGCGAGGCUCGUACCGCGAUUCCCUGUAUUCUCAUUCAUUGCCGCUGCGAAGAAUAGCCAACUCUCCGAAGGAGCGACGAGAUUGGUAUACGAGAAAGAUCCGGCAUUUGAAACUGAGGACGUGUGAUGAUGAUGAUGAUGAUGGUGACGAUGGUGACGAUUUUCCCAUCCAGCGACUGCUGAAGGAAAAGGGGUUUCACUUUCCCAACCUGGUGUCCGUGGUCGUCGACAUCGGCAAUGAAAAUAUGACCGAGGAGGAUAUGGCGCGGUUCUUGCAGCUGAAUCUGCUUUGUCUGGAGCUGUUUGCCGGAUCUUAUACUCGAUGGUUUCUGGAACAAAUUCAGAAACAUGCGCCUUCGUUGCGCGCGUGCCUGCUCGACAAUCUCCUGGCCCUGGAAGACCCAGAUACCCCCCAUGUGACCAAAGAGGAUUUCCUCAACUUCCUCCAGGCGAUGCCGUCCCUCAAGCAUCUGGAGUUGGUCAUGGGGUUCGAGCCCUGUUUGACCGAAGACGUGAUGGUCUAUCUCCUGUUGCGCCCCGGACUGGAGAAACUGGCCAUCGGAGCUGAAACUGUCUUGACUGGCAGCGUCGUGCACAAAUCAUUCGACCAGACCAACAUCCCCGACGAGGCCAUUUUCCCCCAUCUGCGCUCUCUGGAAAUUACCGCCGAAGAUCGCGCGGUGCGGCGAAUCAUGCCCUUGCUGAAGAAUCUGCAGAUUUUAACCCUCUCGAUUCUGGACUGCGAAUCUCCAACGGAGACUGUACGGUGCAUCGCGUCGUGCACGCGACUCGAGGGAAUCACCUUGUCGUGGGCGGAUGGGGAACCCGUGACCGGAGCAUCGCUGGAGCACCUUGCGUCUCACUGUCCGAUGCUCCGCCGCGUGGAGUUGGAGCCCGAAGCCGAUGCCACCGUCGAUCUCUCCGACGAAUGGUUCGAGGCGAUUGCGUCGAAACUCGUGCACCUCGAGGUUCUGUCCUUUCGAGUGAUCCGCGGUGCGAUCAGUGCCCGAUCGCUGGCCUCGCUCGCCCGCCACUGUCCCCGUCUCCGGCAGGUCGAGAUGCCGCCCGAGCUGGAGAUCCUCGAGCUGGACGACGAGCCGGACUCGGUGCGCUUCCCGUCGCUGGAGACCCUCUGCCUGGGACCCAUCGCCCCCGGCGUGCGUCGAUUGGAAUCGCCCGAAGAGGUCGAACGCGUCCAUGAGCGCAUCAUCGCCCUCCUGGAUUGGCGGUUCCCGGCGUUGACGACGUUCUCCUUCACGCCCGUGACCCCUCAAGGCCAGCGAGCGGAUCCGUUGCCUCGCAAAGUCCAUCGGCAUCUGAGUCAAAGAGGGUUGUGGUUGUCGUGGUCGCCGACGUUGGAGAACGAGUUGACGGCGAGGCUGAUCGAGCCGGUGAGGGGGAGCAGGUUCAAUCCUUUGUCUUGA